UCUUGGCGAUCAACUCCACAUAUUCCUUCUUUCUUUAACUUUAUACCUUCCAUCCUUAACCCCUUUAUCUCCUGCCCUUUUUUCCCAGCCGACUUUUCCAUCAAAUCUGUGUAUUUAAAAAAAACUGCGACGACGCCAUUAUUAACUUAUACAGAUCUCCAUCGCUCUUCAACUCCAAACAUUAAAAUGGAUGCAUCACCUUCAAACAAGCUCCUUUUCAUCUUACUCCUUUCUCUCUUCUCAUCAGGGCCAUUCCUAGCAAGUGCAAAAAGGAUACACAAGUUGAUCCAAACAACUCAACAUGACACCAUGAAUCCUCCUUUCACAGCCUCUCCGGUAACUAAUCCAGUGACCACCCCAGUAACCAAUCCGGUCACCACACCAGCCGCCGGAACCUACCCACCGGUCGACAGUUCGACGCCGCCACUAGUCACCAUUCCUUCCGCCAAUCCAGCCACCGGCACACCCAUUCCGCCCGCCACAGACCCCACACUCAACCCCCCAUUUCCAGCCACCCCCACCUUCCCGCCCGGAGGCGGCCAACCAGCAGUCCAAGCAGGCGGCGGUGCGGGGGGGCAGAGCUGGUGCGUGGCGCGGGGAGGGGUGCCUGAGUCUGUUCUGCAGGUAGCACUUGAUUAUGCAUGUGGGAUUGGAGGGGCGGAUUGCUCCGCUAUUCAGGACGGCGCCGCCUGCUCUAGUCCAACCACUUUGGAGAAUCACGCAUCCUAUGCAUUCAACGCCUAUUAUCAGAAGAAUCCUGCUCCAACUAGCUGUGAUUUCGGUGGAGCUGCCACUCUCACCAAUGCCAAUCCAAGUAAUUACUUUCACUUCACUCAAUAUCUACUCAUCAAAUCUGGUCAAAUUCUAGUCAGUCUUAUAAAACUUGUAAUCACAAUAUUAAAUCACGGAGAUUUAGAUAAUGGAGAGAGUAAUACUUAUCUUAAAAAAUAGCCACUAUUAUUACAUUAUCUUUUGUGAGGGAAGAGGAGUAGCUUUUGUAAGUUUUCAAUAAAGGUAGAUCUGUCUAUUAAUUUUAAAAAGGUAGGUGCUUUUUAUAAAGAUGAUACUAGUAGUAGUAUAGUUUAUCCUUACAUAGGCCUGUCAAAAUAGA